AUGCCAGUGGAAAGGAAAACAGUGGAAACGCCUCGUGGAGCUGACGAGCUGCUCAAAUACUAUGAAGUGUAUGAGACCAUAGGCUCAGGUGGCUUUGCUAAAGUAAAGCUUGGGCGGCACAUACGUACAGGAGAAAAGGUUGCUAUUAAAAUAAUGAACAAAAAGAGCCUUGGGGACGACCUACCCCGGGUGAAGCUGGAGAUUGAUGCAAUGAAGAAUUUAAGUCAUCAGCACAUUUGUCGCCUUUAUCAAGUCAUUGAAACAUCCACCCAGAUCUUUAUGGUGAUUGAGUACUGUCCAGGUGGAGAGCUGUUUGACUACAUAAUUGCCAAAGAUCGUCUUUCAGAAGAGGAAACCAGGGUGUUUUUCAGGCAAAUAGUGUCAGCCAUUGCCUAUGUUCACAGUCAGGGUUAUGCUCAUAGAGACCUUAAACCGGAAAAUUUGUUGAUUGAUGAAGAUCAAAACUUAAAACUUAUAGACUUUGGUUUGUGUGCCAGACCUAAGGGCGGUCUGGGUUAUGAGCUGAUGACGUGUUGUGGAAGCCCUGCUUAUGCUGCUCCUGAACUCAUCCAGGGGAAAGCUUACAUUGGUUCAGAGGCCGACGUAUGGAGUAUGGGAGUGCUGCUGUUCGCUCUGCUCUGCGGGUACCUGCCCUUUGAUGACGACAACUGUGUGGUGCUUUACAGAAAGAUCUCACGAGGCAUAUAUGACAACCCCCACUGGCUUUCACCUGGGAGUGUUCUCCUCCUCAACCAAAUGAUGCAGGUGGACCCCAAGCGUCGUCUCACUGUCAGACAGUUGUUGGAUCAUCCCUGGGUGGUGAAAGAUUACCACAGCCCUGUUGAGUGGCACAGCAGGCAACCGCUCGGCCAUAUUGAUGAGGAUUGUAUUACUGAGAUGGCUGUCAACAUGAAGCGGUCAAGAGAGAGUACAACUGCACUAGUCAAGGAGUGGCUGUAUGACCACACCACGGCCACCUACCUGCUGCUGCUGUCAAAGAAACAAAGGGGUAAGCCUGUCAGACUGCGCGCUGAACCAGUGCUCCGUGAGGACUUCUGCUCUCCAUUACACCAGGGACUCCAGACAAAAGAAUCUCUUCAAUUCAGUGAGGAUGAAGAUGGUGUUAUUGUCGGUUCUUUGGACUUUUGCUCUGAAUACUUGGAUGAUAUCCCAUGGCUCACAAUCUCGCCACGUACAACUCCAGGUGUAAAAGAGAGGGAGGAUAGAACCCCAAUCAGCAAAGUCACAAAAAUGGCAUCUCCAGUUGUAGAGAGGAGAUGUGCAAAUAGCCCAAAUUCAGAAAGGGGGCGAGCAGCCUCUCGCCUCCCUGAGAGGCAGCAUAAGAACAAGGAAUAUGUAACGGAGAAUAAAGAGAACGUUGCCACGCAGGAGCGAGACAUUGAGAAUUUUUUGAUUCCCCCUCCUCAAACCCCUGCAUCCAGUAAAAAGAGCAGCCGACCCAACAAGAAUGUGCUCACAACUCCCAAUGACAAUGUCAGAACAAAGGCUCCAGUUUCACCAAGAGUUGGUGGCAGUUCCAGGAAAAAUCAGAAGAAGAAAAAGGAAGCAGAGGAGUUUGAAUCGGCAAAUCUAGAAAUAAUGGCCUUGAGCCCUGAGAGAAGGUCUCGAUCUUUGGACAUGCCCGGAAGUGGAGACAGCGGUAAAAAGAAGAGGGCAGGAAAAAUGUUUGGAUCCCUGGAGAGAGGCCUAGACAAAGUAAUCACCAUGCUCACCCCAAGCAAGCGGCGAGAUGGGCUGCGGAAAAUCAAGAUGCAGUACAACGUGACUCUGACAAACCAGACAAACCCCGAUCAAAUCUUGAAUCAAAUAUUGUCAGUUCUCCCGGGGAAAAACAUUGACUUUACACAGAAAGGGUAUACCCUAAAGUGCCGGACAUGGGGUGACUUUGGAAAGGUGACCAUGGAGUUUGAGUUGGAGGUGUGUUAUCUACAGAAGCUUGACGUUGUAGGGGUCCGGCGGCAGAGGCUGAAGGGGGACGCUUGGGUCUACAAACAUCUGGUGGGCGAUAUCCUUACCACGUCGAGUAUUUAG